AUGAUGAAGAAGGGACAGGGACAACUGCCGACGAGUACUACAAAAAACAAUAUGAGUACAAGUAGAAAUGGUGUUAAAAACAAACGCAUAUCGUAUCCAGUACAUCAGCGUAUAAUUUCAUCCACACCGUUUCCACCAAGUCAUCGAUUAUCGAUUAAAGAAAUAUUUGGAAAUUCAGAUAAACCCAGUCUACCAGUAUUGUUACAACAUUUGGAAGCCGAAGGAAGACUAGAAUUGGAUGCAGCAUUAACAAUUAUAAUACGCGGUCGUGAAUUAACAGCACGAGAACCAAAUUUGUUGAAUAUACCAACACCAGUUACAAUUGUUGGUGAUUUACACGGUCAGUUUUAUGAUAUGCUUAAAAUGUUCGAAAAAGGUGGUGAUAUUGCUACAACCAGAUAUUUAUUUUUGGGUGAUUAUGUUGAUCGGGGUCAAUUUAGUGUAGAAGUCGUGUUAUAUUUAUGGGCAAUUAAAAUUAAUUAUCCCGAUACGUUCUAUUUACUUCGGGGAAAUCAUGAAUGUCGUAAUUUAACCGUUUAUUUUACGUUUAAAGAUGAAUGUCUACUAAAAUUAGGAGAAUUAUUUUAUGAAGAAUGUAUGACAACAUUCGAUCAAUUACCAAUUGCCGGUCUAAUUAAUGGACAAUUGUUCUGUGUUCAUGGUUGUAUUUCACCUGAAGUGAGAUCGAUCAGUGAUAUCAGAGAUAUCGAUAGAAUCGGGGAACCAGCAACAAAAGGAGCACUUUGUGAUUUACUUUGGGCAGAUCCAAGUGAUUCAUACGAUAAUGAAGAAAAUGGAAACAGAAUAGAAAUGUAUUCACAUAAUGUACCAAGAGGUUGUUCAUUCACAGUCUCAUAUCGUGCAAUAUGUAAAUUUUUGGACGAAAAUGAUCUCUUGUGUGUUAUCAGAGCUCAUCAAGUACAAUCAGCUGGUUGUAAAAUGUACAAAAAACAUGGCAAAACGUUGUUUCCCACUUUGGUAACAAUAUUUUCAGCACCCAAUUAUUGCGAAGCUUAUAAAAAUCGAGGAGCUAUUCUCAGGUAUGAUGGCAAUGUUAUGCAUGUAUAUCAAUACAAAUGGGUAAAACAUCCAUAUGUUUUACCAAAUUUUUUGGAUGCAUUUCGAUGGUCGUUACCAUUUGUUUUAGAAAAAGUCACAGACAUGCUACUAGCAAUUAUUCGCUAUUGUUCUGAUGAUAAUGAUCCGAAAUCAAACAGGCGACAGCAUGUUAUUGAAAAAAUAAUGAACUAUUAUUCGACAUUAAAAAAUGAUGCUGAAACAUCUCUCGUUCUUGGUGGAAUAAGACCACGACAGGGUAGUAUUGAUUCAAGAAUGGUGGGCACAGUACUAGAUUUUCAAUUGGCUAGACAACUUGAUUUAGCUAAUGAAAGUUUACCUCCAACGCAAUCUACGAAGAAGAGAUGA